UGAGAUCACGCCACUGCGCUUCAGCCUGGGUGACAGAGGAGACUCCGUCUCAAAAAAAGAAAAAGGUACAAACAUACAGUAAGAUAGAAGGAACAAAUUCAAUGCUUGAUAGCUGAGUAGGGUGACAAUACUUAAUAAAAAUGUACUGUACUCUGGUGAUGGAUACUUUAAAUACCCUGAUUUGAUCACUGCAUUAUACAUGUAACAAAACAUCUCAUGUACCCCAUACAUUUGUACACAUCAAAAAAAUACUUGGUUGCAUUAUAGAAAUUUCACUGGUUAAUGAGAGUACACGGGGUCAUCUAAAGUAAAACAAUUUUUUUUUGCUGUGUUGUUUGGCUUGCUUUGCAUUUUCAUACCAAUUUAAUUACAUAAAUAUACAUGGUGUUUAUAAAAAAUAAAAUAUACUGGAUUGAAGGGGAGCACAGUUAGACUCACUAAUUUUUGUGGGGAUUUCAGAUUGUAGGAGUUUGAUACUUGUAGAAAUUUUUUUAUAUAUUGAGAUGGGGUCUCACUAUGUUUUCCAGGUUGGUCUCGAAUUCCUGAGCUCAAGUGAUCCACCCACCUUAGCCUCCCAAAGUGCUAGGAUUACAGGCAUGAGCCACUGCGCCCAGCCCAAAUCUCAGAUUCUUAUUCCAUAAAAUGAAGAAUUAGAGAAUUUCUAAGGUGUCUUAUGGAAAGAAGACCUUUGCAAAAAUAGUCCAGCUAAGCUUUUUGAGCAUUUCCUGAAUGGCAGCCACUAGUUCUACAGUGGGGAAUGGAGUGAGAGUCUGAGCCACCAAGAGACCAAGUGUCCCCCAGCAGAGGUAAUGGCCAAACGAUGACAUCCCAAAUAAGGGAUUUUAGCUACUCUCCAAGGCCCAGAGGCUAGAAAAAGGGAGAAGAGUUUCUUUUUCUAAUUAAUCAGCUAUAUUAGAUAUAUUAUUGGGAGUUGACUAUGAUUCUGAGUUUUAGUCAUGUGUUAGGAAGGAGGUAUUAUAUUUUGUCUUGAUGAGUAAAUUUAAAUAUAUACAUGCCGAACAGUAAAUUUUACCUGAGGUGUUUGUGUUGGGUACACUGAUUCAGGUGUGCCAGCUGGCAUUAUGCAGUAGACAACUAGGUAAAAACAUUUACUCUUCCCCAAUUAUGGCACCCACAUAUCUCAACUGUCUUUCAGCUAGGCAGGCCAUGUGACUGACUUUGGCCAGUCAUCAGCCAGGAGGCUGAGGUGGGAGAAUUGCUUGAGCCUGGGAUAUCAAGGCUGCAAUCCUUGUGUAUAAAAUUCUGGUCCCCAUUAAGGAGACACUCCAGUCCUCAGGGAAAACCAGACUUGGCGUUGCCGUCCAUGAGUAUGAGACGGGAAGAGCUGUGGUCCAGGAUGGAACGAAAGUCAUACUGCACGUACCAGGUGUUCAGCAAUUCAGAAAAUGCUGCAGAUUGAGUGUGAUUUUGAAGCAUAGACUAGACUUCGAGGAUGAACGUGACAUUUUGGCUCUGUGUAUAUCCCCAUUCACACUGAAGAAUCAACACUUACUUGCUGAUCAAUAUUCCUAGAACUGGUGGCACAGCCAGGACCUACGCUGAUGCUUACCUCCCCUCUCCUGCCGCAGAGACGCCCCCGUCCCUGUGGCCCAGGGAAGUGCCAGGGGUCCCUGGGAAGGCGGGAGAUGGGGAAGGGGCAGGGUGAGCGAAGAGGAGCAGGCUGCGUCUGCAUGCAGGCUGGGAAGCGGGGCUUCCGGGCCGCAGGGUCGCGGGGACGGGUGUGAUGCAAUCGCGCCAGAGCCGCUGCGUCAAGGGGCGGCUCCGGGAUGCGGGGACUGCGGUAGAGCCGGUCCCGCCCCCGCCGCCCGCCUUCGCUAACCCCGCGGACAGCCGCCGGGACGACCACCCAGAGCCACCGGAGCCCCCUGACACCCGUGCCGAGUCACCGGUAACCCGCGGCACCCGCCCCGGGGCGCGCCAUGAAGUCGGCGGCGAGCUCGCGCGGGGGCGGUGGGGGCGGCCGCGGGGGCGGCGGCUGGGGCGGCUGGGGCGGGGGCCGAGGCGGCGGCGGCGGCGGCGGCAGCGGCGGCGCGGGCAAGGGCGGCGGGGGCGACGGCGGCGGCCCGGGGGGCAAGGGCGGCUUCGGGGCACGGGCGCGCGGCUUCGGCGGGGGCGGCCGGGGCCGGGGGCGCGGCGGCGGAGACGGCAAGGAUCGCGGAGGCGGCGGACAGCGGCGGGGCGGGGUGGCCAAGAGCAAGAGCCGCCGCAGGAAGGGCGCCAUGGUGGUGUCGGUGGAGCCCCACCGGCACGAGGGCGUCUUCAUCUACCGCGGGGCGGAGGACGCGCUGGUCACGCUGAACAUGGUGCCGGGCCAGUCGGUGUACGGCGAGAGGCGCGUCACGGUGACCGAGGGCGGCGUGAAGCAGGAGUACCGCACGUGGAACCCAUUCCGCUCCAAGCUGGCCGCGGCCAUCCUGGGCGGGGUGGACCAGAUCCACAUCAAGCCCAAGUCCAAGGUGCUGUACCUAGGCGCCGCGUCAGGCACCACUGUCUCCCACGUCUCCGACAUCAUUGGCCCAGACGGCCUGGUCUACGCCGUCGAGUUCUCCCACCGCGCCGGCCGCGAUCUGGUCAACGUGGCCAAGAAGCGCACCAACAUCAUCCCGGUCCUGGAGGACGCGCGGCACCCGCUCAAGUACCGCAUGCUUAUCGGGAUGGUGGACGUGAUCUUCGCCGACGUGGCCCAGCCCGACCAGUCCCGCAUCGUGGCCCUGAACGCCCACACCUUCCUGCGCAACGGGGGCCACUUUCUCAUCUCCAUCAAGGCCAACUGCAUCGACUCCACCGCAUCUGCCGAGGCUGUGUUUGCUUCUGAGGUGAGGAAGUUGCAGCAGGAAAACUUGAAGCCCCAAGAGCAGCUGACCCUGGAGCCCUAUGAGAGGGACCACGCUGUGGUGGUCGGGGUCUACCGGCCUCUUCCAAAGAGCAGCACCAAGUAGCACCCAGCUCAGGCUCGCCUGCCAUCUCCCCAAGCCUGUGUUGUGUUUGCUAUUAUUUUCUAUGUGUUUUCUUUGUGCGUGUUUUGUUUUGUUGUUUUUCUAUUAAACUGCAUAAAGAA